AAGACUAAUAAGCUGGGAGUUGAGUGACCCAAAAACGAACCUCGAAUAACUUGAUUCUCAAGCCUACCAAAAUACCCGCGAAUUCUCUAGAAAUAUUCUUCAACUCUCUAUAGCUUUUUCUCUCUCUCUUCAAAAACUCCACUUUACAUCCAUUCAUAACCCAAAUCAACAAAUCAAAGUAUCAAAAAAACAAUGUUCUUCUUCUUCGUAGGAGGGCUAGAGCAGCAGGCGAGACAGGUAUUGAAGAGCGGGGCAGGGAGGUGCAUUGCGUGCGGAUCACGCGCCGACCUCGUCGACUAUGAAAAGGUUCUGAAACUCUUCUUUGUUCCGGUGUGGAGAUGGCCAGGGAAAGAGCCGGUGAUGUACUGCAACGACUGCAAAUUCUUUUUCCCUCAAUCUCUAACUCCUCCUCCGCCGUCGUCCACCGCCGAUGUCCCGGACCGACUUAGGUGUCAGUUCUGUCGCCGGGAAGUAGACGGCGAUUUCCGAUUCUGCCCCUUCUGUGGUAAUGCACUGUAAAUGAAUUAAUUCUAUAUGUGAUGUAAUGGACGCUUCUGGGUUUUUGUAAUUAUGUUUCUCUUCUUGUAAUAAGUGUGAGUUUGAAGAAUAAACUUGGAGUUUUCUUUUUGUU